ACGUUUUCCACUGUGAUAUCAAAACUUACGUACGUAACUUACGCCAGAAAAAAGAACAAGAAAAAGAUAGCAACCGAACAAGGCGGCAUGGCCGAGGUACGUGAAAUAUAUUGGAUUAAGUUGGUUACAGAAUACGCAUGUCUACGUAGAGGAAGACAUAAUAUGGAAUUGAAAGUUUGAAAACUAAGACUUUUUGAUACACACACACACACAGAAAGUUGAUGGAACGUCAUUUUAGGGUUAGAUGGAAAUUACAUGGGGCCAAACUUGAGGGUCCUUUAAACAGUUCUCAUGUCGGCACUCUUUGAAAGAAUCCUUUAAUUUUAUGGGAGUAUUUAUAGCAAUGGAGAUCAUCAGAAAACUCACUAAUCACUUUACUUUUUACUAAUCAUAUAUAAAGGAGAGAUAUAUAGAAACUAAAACAAAGAGAAGUGAAAAUAUGGGGCACCAUUCAUGUUGUAAUCAACAAAAGGUAAAGAGAGGGCUUUGGUCCCCUGAAGAAGAUGAAAAGCUCAUCAGAUAUAUUACAACUCAUGGCUAUGGCUGCUGGAGUGAAGUCCCUGACAAAGCUGGGCUUCAAAGAUGUGGAAAGAGUUGUCGAUUGAGAUGGAUCAAUUAUUUGAGGCCUGACAUUAGAAGAGGAAGAUUUACCCCAGAAGAGGAGAAAUUGAUUAUUAGUCUCCACGGAGCUGUAGGCAACAGGUGGGCACAUAUAGCAAGUCAUUUACCUGGAAGAACAGAUAAUGAGAUAAAGAAUUACUGGAAUUCUUGGAUAAAAAAAAAGUUAAAAAAGUCUUCAAAGCCAUCAACAAAUAACAUCACUUCUAUUACUGAUCAUCAUCGUCAUCAACAACAACAACAACAACAACGAUCUCAAUUGGCUUAUAACACAAUUACAACAAGCCAACCAGAAAUAUUCUUAACUCAAGAUGUUGGAAUAACAAAAUCUCAAGUCCUCCAAGAUUCUGCCCUAUUGGUCAAUUCUCCAAACCAAUUGUUCUUUUUCGACAAUGGAUCACUAGACACUAUGACAAAUGUCAAUGAUGCUACAAAUCGAGGUACUAAUAACGCCUCGUUAUUUCAAGAAAUAUCGAUGUUGAACUCAGAAUUCUGGCAAGUAGAUCAACAACAACAUCAACAUCAACUACAAUCAUCGUACACAACGGGAAUGGAUUCUAAUUACUUGCCACCAUUGAUAGAGACCAUGGUAUCACCCAUGGAAAUACCUAGUAGUAAAUAUAACAAUAAUAUGAUGGUGGAAGGUCAAGAUAAUAAUCAGCUUAAUGAAGAAUGGUCCAGUUGUCAAAGGAUAACACGUAAAAAUCGAGAAACGGUCCAGUCGAAUGAAGAAUGGAGUCAAAUAGAUACACAACAAUGUUGUCCAAGUUUUCUAUUUUGGGAUCAAGAAAUAAGAUCACUAGGUGGGGAUGGAAUCAUAGACCCAAACACAUCAAACAAUUUGGGAGAGAUUUUAUCUUCUUUCCCUUCUCUAUGAUUUGCAACUUCAUGAAAGUGAAUAUUGUCACCCCUUAGUUUUGUGAUUUUUUUUUUUGAAUUAUUCCGGGAGCUUUUUUUAUUUUUUAUCUGUGAGAUAGAUAGAGAGUGAAAUCGAAAGGUGUUGUAACAGAAUGUUAAUUAAAACUGUUUCUUUGGACAUAUUCUCAAAAUUAAAUGGGAGGGAAAUAACGUUGAGUUUGA